UGGUCUGGGUCUGUGAACUUCAGCGUGACUUCUACGACAUACACAGGGGUUAAAAACAACUAUUUCCAAACUUUCAACUGCAUCAAUCCUGCGAAAAUACUACUCAGGAAUAUCAAGCCUGAUAUGUUCGGCUUAAGGUUUUAAAUAAUGCCAUUUGCCACAUUGUUUUAAGUAAAAGGCAAAAUAUACUAGGUAUAUUUAUCAGUUUAUUGUCUUUAAUAUCUGUUACAUUGUAGCCUAUCUUGAGCACUCGAAAACUUCCCAUAACUAAAUUGAAGUCCGUUUUUUUUAAUAGAUUGCAUUGCAGUCGAUUCAACAUUUUGCCUAUAGUGAAAUACAAAAAUGUCGUUCUAAUUUCCCCAAGGACAAAACAUAAGAGAGACGACGCAUAGCUGCGACUGGUAAUGAUCACCGUAGGUAACAUAAUGUCCGGGGCUCAGGGCUACCAUGUCAGGUAUUAACAGAGCGAGCGUGAUUAAAUGUGGGAGGUAGGAGCUGCGAGGCUGGCGGAGAGCGCUGCUGCCGCUGCGAGCUGGAAACUACUGAAUGGGAAUCUAUCCGGCAACUUCGGCAGACCGCUGUCUCACGGCGAUACGGAGGCUCUGCGUAAAACCAAGCGGCGCGUCUCCAAGUCUGGGUCAGCCCAACUCACUGACGGAGAGGACGCUGAAGUUGGAUCAGGCGAACAGCUUUUCACUUGUUACCGACGCUCGGCUCCCACUAACAUGCCUGCCAUCAAAAAGGAGAGGCUGGAUGGAGACGACAUGGCAUUGACUGCGUUCAACCAGUCCGAAUACCUGGCCCCUUUAAAUGCCACCACUAUCCCCGUGGUGACCCCGCACCCACCGCCCUACGACCAUAUUUUCGCCCAUCACCGCGCGUAUUUGGGGCUCCACGACUCGGCGCUGCAUCACCAGCACCUCCACCAUCACACGGACGACUUAAUGCUGGAAAGGUUCUCCUCCAUCCCCGACUUUCAGCCCUUCUUCGACAACGGGGAACCGUGCAUCGAGGUGGAGUGCGGGGAAAACAAGGCUUUGCUUUAUAUCAAUAAAUUGUGUCAAGGUAGUAAGGGACCCUCAAUUAAAUACCGGGGCGAGUGGCUCACCCCCAACGAGUUCCAGUUUGUCAGUGGACGAGAGACUGCCAAAGAUUGGAAACGGAGUAUAAGACACAAAGGAAAAAGUCUCAAGACUCUUAUGUCCAAAGGAAUCUUACAGGUGCACCCUCCGAUCUGUGACUGUCCCGGCUGUCGAAUUUCAUCUCCAGUGAACCGCGGGCGCUUGGCUGAGAAACGAACCAUCCCCCUCCCCCCAAACCGGGUGCCCAAGAAGGAGCUGGCCUCCAUCUUCAGCAGUGACGACAGUGAAGGCAGCGAGCGGGCCAGUGGGGACCAUGCCCACAUCAAACAGGAGGACGAGUUGCAUUACAGUAUCAUGAGAAAGAGUCGUGACGGUGACCUCUCUACAAUCAUCUCCAACCUGCACCACACCAGACAGCACGGCAUGCCAGAGGGCGAGUCAGCCUCCGACCACAACACCAGUACUGGACACACAGAGAACUGUCCCACCCUCCACCCCUACUGUCCCCUCCAACCGGCCCUCACAUCGCCUUAGGACAUCACCUGCGGCCCCCUUUCCUGGGCAUGCCCUCUGCCCUUUGCCAAGCCCCCGGUUAUGGUUUCCUUCAACCAGCCCAAGCUGAGCUCUUUGCCCGGCAACAGGAGAUGCUGCGGAAGCAGAAUCUGGCCAGACUUGAGAUGUCGGCGGAGCUGCUGAGACAGAAAGAGUUGGAGAGUCUGCACCAUCGGCAGCAGCAGCAUCGUCUGCUGGGCUCCGACCAUUUAGGAGUUCUACCCCCUGGCCUCCCCCCCGACCAUCCAGCCCUGCGGAGCCUCCACGACAUCCCAGAAGGCCAUCCGCUCCGCGAGGAGCUGGCCCGACGCUCAAAUGCAAUGUUGGUGCUUCGCCAUGGGGCCUCCACCCCCCUACUCACCCUCAACCACCACCACCAGCAUCAACAGCCAGGGCCCCCGUCCACACCCAAAGACUCCCUCGCACAGAGAUCCACUGCUGGGCCAGAAGCUGAAUCCAGGAAGCCCCCCCGCAGGGCCCCCCAGACGCCGCUCCAUGCUGGGGAUCACGCAGGAGGAAGAGAGGACAGAGGGAGGGAGGGAGACAGGGAGGGGCAGGAUGAGGAGAUGAAGGACUCAGACAGUGAAACAGAGAUGUGUGAGGAGAGGGAGGACAGCGCCGGGGCCAGGUCCAGCAGUAAACCCAGAGACACAGAGGGGGGGAGAGAGAGAGGCAGCAAGGGAGUGAGUGCCAAAGACCCUGCAGAGAGCUCCAGCAGGCUGAGCCCCCCGUGCGGUUCAGCAGGUACAGAGUCUCCCAGCAGGCACCUCUUCACCCCCGGACUGGGCAAGGCUGACGUCAAGUACCACCUGCCACCAGGCUUCAUGCCCCCCCUGCCUGCUCUGCACGCCCAGUCUCUGCCCUUCGGAUUCCCCUACACCAACCCCUACUUCCACACGGGCUCUGUGGGAGGUCUUUUCAUGGAUGGAGAGGACUCGGCCACAGCGAACCCUGUGGAGGACAUCAGCAAGUGGAGUGUGGAGGACGUGUGCGGCUUCAUAAGCAGCCUGGCUGGGUGUGCUGAAUACACACAGGUGUUUCGGGAGCAGGCCAUUGAUGGAGAGACAUUACCGUUACUCACGGAGGAGCACCUGCUCACCACCAUGGGACUAAAGCUGGGGCCGGCGCUCAAGAUCCGCUCACAGGUGGCGCGGCGUGUUGGCAGGCUUUUCUACAUGACUGGAUUCCCGCUAGCUUUCCCAUUUCCGCCUUCUGCUGCACUGCGCCCCCCUGAACGUGAUCGGGACCCUAUUACAACGCCAUCUGACACGCCCCUACCUCUCUCUUUGUCCCUGCCCUGCAGACCCACCUCCACCAGCAGCAGCUCUUCUCCAUAUCGUGGCCCCACCCCAGGGUGCUCUUCACCCAAGCAGGAAAAUGGCUCCGUGGUCAUGGGGAGAUACGAGGCCAAAACUCCUUCGUAGGAGAGGACAGGCAGGGGAGGGGAGGGGAGACCUGCCUCACACUCACCUGACCCGGAGAGAUCUCUGCCAGACCCCCCCACCUUGGGACCUUUAUGCUGAACUUGAGGGGGCAAUAUUGGACUGGAAUAACAGACAUUUGAAGCGUAUCCGACAAACCAAUCAGCCUCUGAGCUCCUCUGCGGUGGCUGUAGCCGAGCAGAAUCCAAACAAACUGGGUUGGAAGGGAGACACGUGAAGCGACAGAGGAACAGAGGAAAGGGAGACAGCUGGUCACAGACAGCCUGCCAAAAAAAAGGAGCGAAGCUCUGCCACAAAUGUGACAUUCUUGCAAGUCAGACAGUCAGACGCUGGAGGAAACUCUUCCUUCCUGGGCUGGAGGAAGCUCUUGUCUUUCUCACCACUAGCCCUGUAGAACCCAGGAAUUAAAAAGAGACGCUGUUCCCCUUUUUUCCUCUCCCUCCUUCCCUUCGCCUGUUUCCUGAGGCCAGACAGCAGCGUGGAGCAGAGGCUGGAGUUAAAGCAUAUGCUGAGCAGCACUCGACCAGCUCCCUCUUAUCACUGCAACUAUGCAUUCCACUGUCCCGAUACCAAAGAUGACCGGAUGUGUGGAAUUGAAACCAUGUUUCACAACGUGUCUGCUUCUUUCUGCAUUAAUGGUCUCAGAGAAAGACUGGUCCAACAGGGAAGUGCUAGGCCAGCACCUCACGCCAUGGUCUGUGUUCGAGGUGACACAGCUGUCAUUUACUGACCAAUAAAGGCUUAAACAUUUUGGUGAAAUGGAGAAGCCUCAAUGGCGACUUGCGCCAUUGAAUGCUCGUGUUGACUACUGUGGGAGGUAGGAUAAACAUGCAAAAUUGUACAGAAUCAUGCUUAAAGAUGAAAAUAUCCUGAAGGUUACAUACGUGGUACUUUUACUUUUUGUUAAAUGUAGUUGCACGAAAAAGGUUUUCUUUACUAAAGAAAAAUGUGACUUGCUGAACUUUGGUACUUUUGUUCAUACUCUUGUUUUGCCAUUUCUAAAAGUGUAAUAUUAAAAUAUGUUCCAAUCUCAAAUGCUACUUCAGCAUAUAAAUGAGGGAAAAAAAUAUUUAUAGGACUUUUGAUGUAGUAGAUAAAGCAGAUUAUAAUAUGUAUUAUAAUUAGCCCUUAAGAUGGAUCCCAAAGAUACUUUUACUUUGUUUUCUCUUGGUUGCAGGGAAGACAAAGGCACAAAGCUCUUAACGCAAAUGUUUUGAAUUUGUUUUUUUUCUUUCUACGCAAGCAAUGAAUAAAAAAAAAAAAUGGUCUCUAGAUUUCCCUUCAAAAGUUUUGUCUUCAUUCUAUUUUUCUAUUCACCACACAGGUGAAAUAAAUCCUACAGAAAUUCUC